AUGAUUCAAGAAUUAGAAAAUUACUACAAUUACCCUACCUACACAACACUUGAAGAGGAGAGACAUUUUGAAAUUGAAUUUCCUGCAGUAACUAUUUGUAAUUUAAAUUCAUUAAGCAAAUCAUUAGUCUUGAAUGAUUCUAGAGUUGAAAAUUACUAUUUAAGUAUUGGACCACGAGAGAUAUUUGAACCGUUUAGAGCAACACCGACAGAGUUCUGCAGAGAAUCUUUUGUGGAUGAAGAGCAGUAUUUUUCAACAAAGUGUUGGAAGGAAUGCUAUGUCAGAUAUAUUCAUGAGGCCUAUUACCCAAUUUGUUCUAAGUAUGACUAUUUCAAGUGCGCAAGACCAGCAAAAGGAGAAUUUUAUGGAAACUCCAAAAUGAAGACAGGUUGCCAUUGUCCGCCUGCAUGUUCUAGCACACGAUACGAAGUAACACUUUCUUCAUCCAUAUUUCCGUCGGACUUCUACAAUGAUUUUCUUUUGAAGGCGGUUACUGAAGUCGAACGGGAUUUCUACAGAAAGAAUUUUAUCGUCAUUCACAUCUACUUUGAUGAACUAAAAACCACAAUUGUAAAACAGUCACCUGUCUAUGGAUCUUCGGUGGAGAUUUUUGGAAAUCUCGGGGGACAGAUGGGAUUAUUCCUAGGAGCUAGUAUUCUCACCAUUACCGAACUUGGAGAAUUUUUGGGGUUUGUUUUAUGGUUUAUCUGGAAGAAAUGCAAGAAUGGAAAUCGUACAAACUUUUCACAAGAAAAGAAUGUCAAUGCCACGCUCGAAGAAAUGUAAACAUGUGUAGUCAUGAAUUAUAAAGAAAGUUAACUUGUAUAUUUAUGAUCUUUGUUACCCUUAAUUGUAAACAAAUGUAAUACAAUUAUAUCAAUAAACUCAUCAAUGGUA